GUUGUUUUCUUUACACCAAGGCGGUAAACUGGGACCUGAGUAAGUAAAGUGGUGUAUUAUUAGGCAUCGGUUCUUAUUAAUAAUGACACUGAAAGGAAUUCCAAAUAUUUUGUCUCCUGAUCUUCUACAUGUAUUAUGUUCCAUGGGUCAUGGAGAUGAGAUUGUUUUGGCUGAUACCCACUUCCCCACUUCUUCCUUAUGCCGUUUAGGCCCGAAAGAGAUCAGAGCUGAUGGCCAUGGAAUCCCUGACCUUCUUCGUGCUAUACUGAAAUUAAUGCCAUUGGAUACUUAUGUAUAUGCACCAGUUGCACUAAUGGAGCUAGUUCAAGCAGACAAGCUGAAGAACUUAAAGACUCCCAUCUGGGAUACUUAUAAGCAGAUAAUACAAGAAGCUGAAGGAAGAGAAGUGCCUAUUCAAGAAGUUGAAAGAUUUGAAUUCUACGAGCAAGCAAAGACUGCUUUUGCUAUUGUUCAUACAGGGGAAAUGGCACAGUAUGGAAAUGUUAUCCUCAAAAAAGGUGUGGUAAAUAGUUGAAUGUUGAAAUUCAUCUCACUUUGAAUUUUUAUAUGAGAAUUCAUUAUGAUAAAAAUGUAGUACUACUAAUCAAAGAAAUCUAACACUGGUAUAUUUUGAUUAAGUAUAUCUAUUUUGCAUCCAAUAAAAUUUGGAUACAUUGUAAAUUAAUGAAACAA